AUGGAGUGGGUGGAUGAGAGAUUGGAUGUGGACGUUGACGUGGACGUUUACGUGGAGUGGGUGGAUGAGAGAUUGGACAUGGACGUUCAUGGGGAGUGGGUGGAUGAGAGACUGGAUGUGGAUGUUCACAUGAAGUGGGUGGAAAGGAGACUGGAUGUGGACGUUGACGUGGAGUGGGUGGAUGAUGGACUAUACAUGGACGAUGAGAGAUUUGACAUGGACGUUUACGUCGGGUGGGUGGAUGAGAGACUGGUCAUGGACGUUCAAGUGGAGUGGGUGGAUGAGAGACUGGUCAUGGACGUUUACGUGGGGUGGGUGGAUGAGAGACUGGUCAUGGACGUUUACGUGGAGUGGGUGGAUGAGAGAUUGGACAUGGACGUUCAUGGGGAGUGGGUGGAUGAGAGACUGGAUGUGGAUGUUCACAUGAAGUGGGUGGAUAAGAGACUGGAUGUGGACGUUGACGUGGAGUGGAUGGAUGAGAGACUAUACAUGGACAUUGAUGUGGAGUGGGUGGAUGAGAGACUAUACAUGGACCACGAGAGAUUUGACAUGGACGUUUAUGUGGGGUAG